AAGACCAGAAAACACAUCUGGUGAGGGUCUUGUAGAAAGGAUACAUCUUCUGGCAACAGCAACCUGAUAAGAUUAAUGGUAACCAAAUCACACCAUUGGGAAGCCUUAGCAUCUGCAAACCCUAACAACACAAGCAUGAUUGAACAUCUGCAAACCCUCCCAGAACAAGCAUGAUCAAGCACAGGACAAGUGACAUUGACUUAGCCAGGUGAAGAUCUCUGGAGACCAUGACCAAGCAAAGAAUUGCUGUGAUUGGGGGAGGAGUGUGCGGGCUCACGUCUAUCAAGUGCUGCCUAGAUGAAGGCUUGGAACCUGUCUGCUUUGAAAGGACUAAUGACAUCGGAGGGCUCUGGAGGUUUCAGGAAAAUCCUGAAGAAGGAAGGGCCAGUAUUUACAAAUCAGUGAUCAUCAAUACUUCUAAGGAGAUGAUGUGCUUCAGUGACUACCCCAUCCCAGAUCAUUAUCCUAACUUCAUGCACAACUCCCAGGUCAUGGAGUAUUUCAGGAUGUAUGCCAAAGAAUUUGAUCUUCUGAAGUAUAUUCAAUUCAAGACCACUGUGUGCAGUGUGAAGAAGCGGCCUGAUUUCUCUACUUCAGGCCAAUGGGAGGUAGUCACUGAGUGUGAAGGGAAGAAGGAGGUGGGUGUCUUCAAUGGAGUCAUGGUUUGCACCGGCCAUCACACCAAUGCUUACCUACCCCUGGAUAGUUUCCCUGGGAUCGAGAAGUUCAAAGGACAGUACUUGCACAGUCGAGACUAUAAGAACCCAGAGGGAUUCACUGGAAAGAGAGUCAUUAUAAUUGGCAUUGGGAAUUCUGGAGGGGACCUGGCUGUAGAGAUUAGCCACACAGCCAAGCAGGAUGGUGGGUGAAUUUUCCUUCUCACUCCCCAAAUGGAAAAAAGAAGCAAUCUGAUCUCUCCAAGGACAACAUGGAUAUCAGUAUAAAAAGCAUCCACACUGUGGCACAUGCAAGCAUCUUGCCCCAGCCUUUGCGUACAGUUAGGUAGCACGGAGUGGCAUUUGCUCUAAAGCAAUUUAUCUCUUUGGCUUUUCAUUUUGUUUGUUUUGGUUUUUGUAUCAUAGAUUUUCACCUGGCAGGGAAGUAUCUUCACUAUAAAUUCUGAAAAAAGACAUAUUAUUAUAUUUUAUUAUUCCUGUCUUCAUUGAAUCAUAACUUUAUUGGCAAUAGGUAGAAGCCUGGUUGUUCUUCAGUAACUUUAAUUAAGCUGUGCUUCUCCACAAUAUGCUUCAAAUUAUUACUGUCUUUUUAAAUGGAAGUGUGAUGCUACAACUUUGUUAAAUGACCCUUAAACUUUUUGCUUUAUACAUUACAUUGUAUUUAUAAGAAGUUUUUUGUAAAUCAGCAUUUUUAAAUGGACUUAUAAAUUUCAGUGUAUUAAGGAAAUUUUGGUAUAAUUCUUGUGGUAUAAUGCUUUUGUGAAAAGAAAACAUCCCUUUCUUACAAGAUUAAUU